GCUGGGCUAAGCGAUAACGAUUAUAAGUCACUUGAUCCACACACUGCAAAGUUUGUUCAUAACAUUCCUUUGUGAAAUAAGAGUGUUAUAAAAGCAAUCUGGUGUAGUAAGUCAGCUAGAUUCCUAAAUGGCUUCCAAAGGAAAAAAAUCAGUAGCAGUGGAGAUCCCGGAGUGCCCAAUAUGCCUGGAGACUAUGACCAUACCGGUGUUCCUGUGCCAGUCGGGGCACAGUCUGUGUAACUCGUGCACGCUGGCGCUAUGCCCUCCAUCAUGCCCCAUCUGCCGACAACCCAUGACGCAGAUGAGGAACCGCUCCCUUGAGGAACUCAUUAACAAGGCCAAGUCGCCAUGCCCCAACCAGAGUGCGGGCUGCGUAUUUUCGCUGCCCGGCCCGGCGAUGGCCGACCAUCUCAAGGAGUGCCUGUUCCGUCCGCGAGAGUGCCCGCACGCGGUCUUUGGCAGAUGCUCAUGGAAUGGUGAUCUAAGGAAGAUGAUGGAGCAUUUUAAAGAGAAGCACCCGGCCCACUGCGUGGCCGAAGUGGACCGCGAGGCGGGUUGGAAGUUGCAGGUGGACCAACUAGACUUGAAGGAGUGCGCGCGGCACGUGUUCCUCGCCGGGCAGCAAAACUUUCUCUUCAUCAUCACCCUCAAGGUGGACACCAUGCAGCGCAUGGCCUACUGGGCGAUCCAGCACAUCGGACAAAAGAAAGUCGCCCAACAACAUCUCUACGAAAUACAUGUCACCAGCCGACGCGACCUGCAGCGCAAAGUUGUCUUCACCGAGCACUGCAUCAACGACAGCAUGAAAGCCGAUGAGGUGUUCCGACAGGCCAACUGCGCUGUCAUGCCUUUAGACAUGCUAACCCAUUUCAUAAAGGAUAAGAUACUUUCCUUCCGCUUUGUUAUUAAGAGGUUGAAUAGAGAUAAUAAAGAGAAUGUUGGUCAGGCUCCAAGUAGUAGGGAGUCCUCUGUUUCUAGGGGCUGGGAUGCCUCGCAGGGCCCGGAGACGAGAGGCCCGGGGCCAAAGCCACAUGGGAAGAAACAUCCAGGACAGAAACCUGGACCUAAGAAAUUCACUAAGACUCAGGCUUAAAUAUUAAUAUAGUAAUGCUUUUUCGAGUUUUAAGUUAAUUAAUGGCAAUAUUGCCAAUGUACUUGUUAUGUUUAAGAAUUUUAGCAUGCAGUACCAAGAACAUCGGGUAUUAUGUAUGUAAAGAAUAAAGACACAAUGGUGUAGCAAAUUGUAACAUUGUGGUAUUAUGUUAUGAAACUUUUUUUUAACAUGCAAUGUAGUUAACUUAAUAUUAUAUACACCGUGUUUUUUUUGAUUUCCGUUAAUUUCAAGGGUGCAUUCCUGAGCUUAAAUCAAGUAACUUUCUCAAAGACACCGAUGUUCUAAUUAAGUCCAUUUCGGAGAUAAUCCAUAAUUUAUUUUUUUCCUAUAAGGCCUCUACAAGCGUGUACACUUGCCUUAGGGCUGGCUUACAUAUUGAUUAGUGUUUAGAAUGAGUUCAUACAUUUGCUACUAAACUUAAGUACAAUCUCGGUCGAUUGAUGUACGAAAUGACAUUGAUAUGUCACAGAUUUCAAUUGUUUGGUUGAGUUAAAUGUAAUGCCCGUGUUACAACAACGCUAUAUGCUACAUUUAAUUACUUUUUAAACAAAAAAAAAACAAAAAAGAAAACAAAAAAAAAUUUUUUUUUUGAAAAUUAACUAUGCCAUUUAGUUCUUAUAAACAUACUUAACUAUACCCCGAAGUUAACGGAAUUCAAUAAAAACACGGUGUAUACCUACAUUUGAACAUGUAAC